AUAAGUCUGAGAGUCUCCGAGCAAAGCAGCGAUUUUUCCAUUCUUGUUCGUCAUCAAUCGAUCAGAGCUCUUGGCCGGCCUCCAAUCGGCGAGUCGUUGGCGGAAGGAGGAGGAAAGAAAGCAACGAUGAGGUUCGGCUUCGCCAUUGGCCUUUUCGGAGUUGUGAUUCUGUCGCACGCCGCUUAUUCCACCGUCCAAUAUAGGGGCUUGUUGAAGAUCAUGGAGGAGGAAUUCUCUGGGCCACCGCUUAACGUGGUUGCUGAAUUGCUUGUAGGGCUCGUUCUCUGUACGUGGGCUGCUCUCACUGUGCCUGGGAAAUUCCUCUCGAUCCAUCCUGAUUCCGAAGAAAACAGGAUAGUCUCUCUCCCAGACAACAUGGACUUCAUGAUUUUCAACCACCGCGGUAGAGUGCUUCCUUCUCAACUGGAUCUGAAGUUGAAGCAUUGAAACUUCUGACGUAAUGAAUGCCCUGAUGGCUUUAUGAGCUUUCUUUCCCUCCAUUUUGAACUCGAGACACGUAGAAGUCUUAUAAUCCAAGCUUCACUAAAAUUCCAAAAGCGUUCACUCUGUAUAAUUGCUGGAACUGUAGGAAAAACUGGAGAUUUGCAUUUAUUGGAGUACUUGCUGAUUUUAUCGUGCAAA